UUGAGAUAUGUUUUUCACUCAGAGAUGAACAAGAUCAGAGUUUUUCUUCUCAUACAUCCAUCAACUUUCACGGUGAUCUGUAAGGCUAAGGGUAAGGGAAGGGAUCUUAUCAUAAGAGCUAGAUUCUGGACAAGAACUGCUUGCUAGAUAAUAUUUUGAUAUCUUCCUUCCUUCAUUUGAUCCUUACAGUAUACCUUGCUUGAUGCUUCGGAUAGGAUACAUUCAUUGAUAUACUUCGGAUCGAGCCAACCCCUUCUCUCACAGCAGUUAAUCUAUACUCUUACUUCACUCCACUUCACUUCACUUCACUCAUUUUGAUGCACAAAAGCCUGAAUAUUUCCAUAGGGUAAAGCUAUCCAGAGAGUAGCAAAAAUCUCCCAAGAAACAGGGUAGGGUUUUCUACUAACAAGAAGAUAUUCCAUUUAUUUAUUUUCAUGAAUUUAGGUGACAGACUCUUCAACAACUUGCAACAAAAACGAGCUCAAACACAUAACUGUCAUCAACCACGCUCCUAAGCUUCUAUCUGAACACUUCCAAAAUGGCCUCGUCAAGAUCCUUUUCAAGGUCUGAUUCUUGCGUUGAUAUCGACUUUACACUGCGCCGUACAUUCAAAAAGUCUUCAUUCAGGUAGUCCACCCUAGCAACCAUUCCCACAAUAUGAGCUGACCUUCUUCUAGACCUUUGCAACGAGAGGUUAUAGUUGCCGCAUUAAAUGGGCAUGAUGUUUUCAUUCAAGCUGCCACUUCAUUUGGAAAAAGUUUAUGUUUCCAAUUGCCUGCAGUGAUUGAUCAAGGAAGUAAGUCUUAACGAUUAUUUCGAAACGCUUACAGUGUCUAUGCUGACAACUUAAAAGUCACCAUUGUUAUUUCGCCGCUACUUUCAUUAAUGGUGAGACUUAGCCAGACAUGGAAUAUCUUAUACUUACUUUGAGAUAGACUGACCAAGUAAAUGCCUUGCAAUCUGCAGGAAUUGCAGCAGGUACCAUCAAUGGCAAUACAGCUUGGACCGAACGACAACGUCUCCUUGCAGACCUUGAAUCCGGCCACCCGCUCACAAGACUUCUGUAUGUGACUCCUGAACAAUGCUCUGCGGAGGGCUUUCGCAAACAUCUCCGAACUGUGCAUGAACAACGAGAGCUUGCUCGGAUUGCCGUUGAUGAAGCACACUGUAUCAGCGAAUGGGGCCAUGACUUCAGAAAAUCCUUUAAGAAUCUUUCUUGGUUUCGAGAAUCUUUUCCGGACGUACCAAUCAUAUGUUUAACAGCAACCGCUACGGAUCAGGUGCGUCAAGAUGUUUUAAGCACUAUGGGUCUGUCGGAAUCAAAUCUGAAGGUAUUCAGAAUGACAACAAAUCGCGAGAACCUCCAUUAUGAAGUGAGAUUCAAAUCAGAUGAAUUAGAUCAUUUCAAUGAUUUUUUACAUUGGCUCAAGGGAGUUCAUAGGAAUCGAACGGAGAAUCCAGAACGUCGGGCCGAACUGGAACAAAAGCACGAACGUCUGGAUAAUGUAUCAGGCAUCAUUUACACUCUUUUUAGGCAAGAUUGCGAGAGUCUUGCAUCUAGGUUGAAACAUAGUGGAAUAGGGGCCAGAGCUUACCAUGCCGGACUUACUCACGAAGAAAAGACCGAAACUUUGAAUCGAUGGAUCAAUAAUGAUAAGGGCUAUGACGUGAUAGUUGCGACAACAGCCUUUGGUAUGGGAAUAGAUAAGGAAAACGUACGUUUCGUCGUUCAUUGGCAAAUCCCAAAGUCUUUCGAAGGCUUUUAUCAAGAAGCUGGCCGAGCUGGAAGGGAUGGAAAAGCCAGCAUACAUAUCAUGUAUUACAGUCGUGAGGAUCGUGACCGAGCAUACAACAGAGUAUCUCGUGAUGCCAAAGAAAGAGUCAAUGUGGCAGCCAGGAUAAAGAGCUUGACGGCCUUGGUUUCCUAUUGCGAGGAAACUGAUAUGUGCCGACACGAGCUAAUCUGCAAGUACUUUGGUGAGAAUGGGGCGCCUGCCUGUGAUUAUGCUUGCGAUUGGCAUAAAGAUGUGAAAGGAUUGAAAAGAGCAAAGCUCAACAAUUUGAUGAGUGAAGAGUAUGUAAGCACACAAAGAGAACAGGGUCUUUUUAAUAAUGGAUACGAUGAAUAUGAUUGAUCUCACUAUCUUUGUCUUACCAUCCUGUUAUUAUCAGAGUCAAUAAGUACUUAUAUUUACACAUGCAUGUUUGGAAGGCAUUCAGUCGUUUGGCUUUCGAAGCUUUCAGUAUCAAUAAAGCAUUGCACAACAAGGUUCAUCUCUGCAUAUCAUACCUCUGGAAAUCGCAAACGAAGGCCUAUAUUCUUUCACUACGCUUUGGGGAUAUGCCAAAUCGCUUGCUUUUGCAACGGGAACAAACAAUCAUUGUCAACACUGGAAAGUUAUAUAUACCAGCUUUUCCACCACAAGAAUUGCCAUUCAAUCAAUAAGACUAUCAAAUUCUUACUUACGAACAUAUUCUCAAACUAUCAAUUCUCAAUUCCCAAAAUCCAAAAUCUAAACAUUCCACCGCUUC